AUGGCCAUUGAUAAUAAAGGGUCAUCAAAAAAAAUAAAUGAAAAGUACAGUUUUGUAUUACAUCUCUACAGCUCUCUUAUUAAUGGCCAAAAGGCGGUGGUAACACUUUUUAGUAUUCCUGUAUUCUUUGACAUUCUUGUAUCAGACAAGAAGUCUUCAGAUAAAUGUGAAAUAAAAGUAAGAGAUAUCCUCUCCGAUAGUAAGGUGAAGAUAAUAAAAAUAGAAUAUAUUAAAGCUUUUCCUUUCCGUGAUUAUCAUACAGAAAAAAAGACAUAUUUACGAAUUUAUACGAGUGACACUGGUAAAAGAAAGACAGCCAUGAAAGCUAUUCAAGAUAAUAAUUACAAAACUGCAUUAGAUGACCUGUACUUAUUCUACUGUAAAGUAGCAAGAGAGAAUGGAAUUCAACUUUCUGGGUGGUCUAUGCUAACUCUUUUAAGGGAUCAUACUCUUGUCCUCACGUGGAAUAUAGAGACGCAAUCACGAAAGUUGGAUGAAUUUGCUAAAGUCCUCAAUCUGAAUCAAAAGCGUUUUAUUAUGAAGAGAGCCUAUCAUCUUAACAUACUCGAAUGGAUGUGGGAGCGAAUAACAGGAAAGUUUGAAACAAGGGAUGAAAUCCUAAAGUGGAAAUAUCGUGAAAAGAUAGGAGCGAAAUCUGAAAAUAUUUUCAAGAAAAGGAGUACUGUUAAGGUUUCUGAGGAAGGGAAAGAGGAUCCGGAAGAGAAAGAAUAUUUGGGUGGUCCAAUUAAGAUCAAAAUUAGUAUAGAAGAUAAUUUUACUUCUAGCUUCCUUAAACUGCCAGGUUACGUACUGAUUGACAUCAGAGUACACCUCAAAAAACGUUUUCCCUGUUCUGAAGUUAAAAAGGAAGGCUCACUUAAAUUCUUCUUACAAAAAUUCAGUCUUAACAACACAUUGCGUUAUCAAGAGCUUUUGGUAAACCAAAGUAUAAUAAAUGAUUAUAAAGACGUUGCCUCCAUAGCUUAUGUUUCUCUUUUUGACGCAUACUAUCGUGCAAAUGAAAUGAAGGGUAUUGAGACGAAAAGGCCAGUAACUGGUCUAGAUUUUGCAUCUUUAUAUUCUAGCCUUAUCAUGGCAUAUAAUCUCUCCCCCAAAAAAAUUAUAUUUGAUCCAAAGGAUGCCGAUAUUGCGCAAAAUAAUGAAAAUAACUUGCAUAAGAUUGAGUUUUCAUUUAAUAAACUUAUCGUUCAAACUUGA